AUUCGCAUAUUAACGCCGACGUCUCUCUCUACUAAUGCACUGUAUUUAAUGGAAUAGCACAAUAUUAACGUCGUUGCGUCUUCUCUCUCCAAUCAAGCGUCAUUUCCUAGGUAGGGAUAUUUUUCAAUUACACUUUAGAAAUUUAAUUCAAAAUAUCUUUCAAUGGAAAUACACAUGUAUCUUUCUUUUUUGUUUCUUCUAGGCCAAUAUGUCUAAAUGCUGGAAAUUCAUUCCAGUUAUAGGCCUAUAUUUGACGUAUAUUUGGUGUACAGGUGAGUAUGAAAAAAAUCAAUUAUCGUCAACUCGUGAUUGAUUUCAAGUCAAAAAACAUAUUCCCCCUAUAUUAUUCACUUGUUAUAGUUUUAAUUCGGAUUCUUUUUUCGAUACCGUUUAUUCUUUUUUUAUAGAAUCUCUAUGUCAGUGCAGAUACGUACUUGUUUGUCAGAUAUAAACUGCACUUUACUAAAAUCCAGGAUAGAAUUAUUUCCAAAAAUAGGCGCGUGUUUUUUUGUUAGAAGACAAUUUUGCUGAUUCUAAUAUAAGUUGAGAAAAAUAAUAGAUUAAGUUCUACUGAAUACACGUAGUACUAAUUUUCCUAGUUGAUGCUAAACAUAUAUGCAUAGUCCUAUGUAUAGUGAAUGGGGGGCUGAAAUUGUCAAGGGGGACAUGCUUUUGUAUGAGUUUACCUGAUCAGCAAACAAGACGACGAGAGCCGGAUGAUUGAUGGCGGUUUGAGAGUGGGCGAAUGAAAUUUUUAAAUAGAUGUCCCUUUUAUGAAGAAAAGGAAGAGCAGGAAGAGAUUCUAGAAAGCCGACUUCGUUAGACGAGUCCGUAGCUUUGUAGCUGUUUUUCCGCUUUCUUUUCCUCUAUCUUUCUUCAUAUAAUAUGUAUGCUUCUUUUCCUCUAUAUAAAAUCCCAUUUCACUAUUUUUUAGUUUUAAAAAAAACUUGUCUUUGAAAACCUGUUACCAUCGCGUGUUCAUCUUGCUCACAUCCGACCUUGUCCUUUAUAAGACUAUUGGGACACGCCCUUUCCUCUUUCCUUGGAUUUGUUUCUGGUAUCGUUUAUUCAUUAGGGUAUAUUUUCACCUGGGCGGAUAAGAGGGGUAUUUCCGGCUUGAGAACGAAAAGUGGUCUUUGCUUCUGAUCUAGUCGAAGCCUAAACAAUCUACUUUCGGUAAUUACGCGCACGCUACUAGCCCAUUUUCGACCGUAAUGUCCGUUCGAGGCGGCGUUCAAUCAAUUAGACGUGACACAAUACUUACCGACACAAAUACGAAACAUUCCCCUUCUCUCUCCAAAAAAAUAUAUUAUACACAUAUUAUAGAGAGAAUAAGUGUAUGAUAUAUCGUGCAGUAUAUAUACAGUAUAUCUAUAUGAGAAAGUAAUAAACUCGUUUCCUUUUUUUAGAGAUUGUUCGUUUUAUGAAUGUAAAUAUGUAAUAUCGUCCUCGCCUAUAGAUAGCAUCCUUUAAAAAGAAGCGGACGAAUUAAUAAGUAAUCGAUAUUGCUAUAUAAAUAAAAACGUAUACGUAUACGGGCGGUGAAAUCGAUCGCCGAGCUAUCGAACAAUCUUUGAUAGACGCACAUCAAUGCGGUCGGUGCUAUAGCCAACUGCAAUAUUCAUGAGCCGAUACGAAGCGAAACAUAUAUUUUGCGUACGCUUCGCCGAUUCGUAUUUAUGUAAGGGCAGUGGCGCUUAAGAGAGUUUUCUUUUUCCCGCUUCCUAUUGUUCUUCCCUUCUAAAAAUACUAAAUUAUUAUCGUUAUGUAUAUGUUCCUUUACCAAUUCCCUCCAUGACUUAAAUCUGAAUAAUCUCCUGAUGAAUAACAGAAAGAAAUCAUACGGACGUAUGCUGGCGUGGUAAGUUUGAUCGAACUUGCCCUAGGAGUAGGGUAUUCGUCUUCCGAACGGCAAUAUACGGCAGAACUAGAACAAAUAAUUGUAUUAAAAUGUCGAGCACAGAAGAGAAAUGCAGUGUUGAUGUUUUGGAUAGACUACACGAAAGUUGUACGGGGCUGAACAACUGCAAGAUUUCAGUUGUUGAUGAUUUUGGCGAUUUGAAUCCGUGUAAAGAUCUCUUCUGCGAGUUACAGUUAACCUAUAACUGCGUUCCCAAUUCACCAUAUUUCUGUGACAAAAUGAGACCAAAGGAUGCCAAUUUCGCCGCGACUACAAACAGUCGAUAUUUGUCAACAAGAACAAUUAAAAAAUUUAAAGACAGUUUUAAAUGUCCUAUAAAACUAAAAGCGGAAAAGGGGCGUAAGAUACUAUUAACUUUCGAGAGACUUAAGGGAAGAGAUGUUAACCAUCGUGAAAAUUGUGCACCAAUAGCGGUUGUUGAAGAAGAGGGUAAACGUCCUAGGAAUCUCUGCCGAAAGAAUCAGACGUACGAGUCGUCAGGCGAUAGGAUCAAAGUGAUUAUCCUUACCCCAACCGACUUCCUAUUACGUUACGAAGCUCGGGGAUGCCCAAACCUACCACCUCCAGAGCAUGGUUGGGCGGAGAGAAAAGGUCAAAAGAUGAAAAUGGGCUGUAAUUAUACGGAUUACACAUGGACGAGAUAUUGCAAUGGAACACAUUGGCUGAAACCAACUGGAAACUGUACAUACGCCAGAAGUAAGUUGACCGUUGGAAAAUUAGCCCUACCGCAUGGGAUUUGGAUCGCUAUCAUUAUUGGAGCAGCUAUUGUUCUUAGCGUCGUAAUUCUGACGGUUGGAAUGAUUUGCUUGAGAAAGCAAAGAAAAUGCAGGGGAAUAAUGAGUCGUGGAUCGGUCAGGGAAACAGCCUACCUUUCGAGGGCUUCUAUGGAAUAUAUGAGGAAACAGAAUAUGGUCAAUCAACAAAAUUCUUUGUCGAGAGACGGCUCUCGACUGCAAUACCUCAUCAAAAGGACCAGUCCGUCUCAUACAGAAAGCGAUUAUGGUCGUGUACAGGAAACGAUCGAACUCUACCCAAAGUCGGUCGAUAGAAUGAAUUCGCCGAGUGUCCACUACGAUUUCGAAGCCGACGUUCAACCGUUAGACGGCGCCAGCACGCUAUCAACUCCUAAACGGAAGCUAAUGGCGACAAAGAGUUCAAACUCCUACUUUGUGAGGAGCUUAAUUGGUUCAGAUGCCGGAGAUGGACCUGCUGAAGAACUAAUCUCACUGGAACCGAUUGCUUCAUCGGUUCCGAAUAAAUCGAAUUUAAAUCAAGCAAGACCAGCGUAUAAUUCUUGCUUGAAUGUGGAGCAGAUCUAUGGUUCUAAACUAGGCAACGAAUCGUUGUACAGCAGACGAUACAGUGCAGAUCUUACUAAAUUUAACUCACCAACCGAAUCGCCAAAAAUAAGGGUGGCAACUUACAACCCGCUGAAACAGAGUAAUCUCUAUGCGGAGAAGGAGAGACUUUAUCACACCUUCUCAGCUCCUCCGCGUCGGCAGGAAGAUUUCUCGACGUUUUGCUCAUAGAAACUGGUUCUCUUUUUGACUUUACUUAAUUGAAGCAAUACUAGGCAAAUAUUGUCGUAUCGUAAGCAAAAAACUGCGUACGUUUUUGGUUCAUUUCUCAUCUGUUUUUUUAUUUUUUGCUUGAUGGAAAAAAGUAGGUGCACCUUUCUUCCCCAGGAUCGGCCAGCUUCCAAUAUCGCGUCCCCAUCUAUUUAAUAAUUAUAUGUAUUAUAUAAAAAAAAUCCCUGUUUCUUGGAUCAAGAACAAAAUAAAAGACUAACUCAACUCUGUAUAAUAAUUACAAGCCGUGUCUUUUCCUGUUUAACUCUUUGUAAAGAGAAAAGAAAAGUUAGCUCAAAAAAAAAACGUAAGGUUAUUGGAUUCACCAAAUAUAAAAAAUAUAUUUCUGUACACCAGUUUCUUUUUAUUUGUUCGCUGAUAUUUGAGUUUGUUAUCUAUGAUGAAUAUGGAAGAGAGAAAGAAGAAAAGAUAUUACUUGCUAUUAUUAUUGUCUUGUUUAUCGUAAAGACUUAAUGCUAUUAAGAAACCU